CUAAAGUUAGCGUUAAUGGCAGAUCCUUUGAUCCUUUCUCUUCAGCCUCCUCCCUUUCUGAUCUUCCCUUCUUCUCUUCACCGUAGAUGGGGUUUGUCUCGGAGACUUCCCAGUGGAUUCUCUGUUUCGGAGUUGAGAUUGUCUUCUCAACUACGUUUGGCUAAUUCUACUUCACCUUCACAGUCUUCUACGGCUCCGGAGAAGCUUGAUCUUGUGUCUAGCACUCAGCUCAAGGAUGGAAGCCAUGUCUUCAGAUUCGGAGAUGCAAGUGAAAUUGAAAGGUAUCUUGAGAAUGAAGAAAAAGCGAGAUGCUUAGAGUUAGAGAAGAAGCAACAUGCAAAGAUCGCAGAAGAAGCCAGUGAAGAAGUGAGAGAUGGACAUGCAUUGGUAGAUCUUGAUCGUGUUUCUGAACUGGAGUCUCCCAAGGAAAAAUCUGCUGUGAAGAAAAAACCGGUCAGGUCUAGUAUUGAAUUAUUUUCUGAGAAAGAGGAAGGUGCUGUACCUGUCGGUCUCAGUAAUGUGAUCAAAAUUAAGGAUCGUAAAAGGUUUCGUUCUCCUGUUAAGAAAAAGAAAGAAACGCCAAGUCCAGUGGAUGUUUUGGGGAGUGAAGAUGAAGUUGAAGCCAAAGUUGCUGGUGUGUCUAAUCUGAGCUCCAUAGCUAGUGUAGCAGAUAGCUCUACUGAAGAAAAAGCGGGGGUUUCUAGGAAAUCUGAGCCGAUCAAAGAGAAUGUAAAGCCAUUUUCUUCUGAAGUCAUGGAAAAUGAUGAAGUUGAAAGAGAAGUUGCUAGUGUAUCUAAUCUGAGCUCUAUUGUUAGUGGAGUUGAAGCUAUUCCUAGUAGCUCUUCUGAAGAAAAAGCUGUUGUUUCUAGGGAAUCUGAGCGGAUCAAUGAGAAUGUAGAACCACUUUCUUCUGAAGUUAUCGAGAAAGUCUCAGUAAAUGAAAUGAAAGACUGUGAGACAAAUGGUUAUCAACAACUCACUGAGAAUCGUGUGGAGGUGCAAGCAAGACCAGGAUCAUCUACUUCACAACAUGACUCACAGUUGAAUGGUCUCAAGGAAGUUAUGAAGGUCUCUACCAUUGAAAUUGAUGACAAUUUGGAUGAGAUGGAAGACCUGAUGAAGACUUUUGAAGCUGAGGAAAAUCUUGUCGUUGGACCAACAGCUACAGUUGAACUUGAUGUGGCUCCUGAUGAAAUAGUUGUUGUGUCUCCUGAUGAAAAUCUUGUCAUUGAACCAACAGCUACAGUUUCUGUGUCUCCUGAUGAAAUAGUUGUUGUGGCUCCUGAUGAAAAUCUUGUCGCUGAACCAACAGCUACAGUUUCUGUGGCUCCUGAUGAAAAUCUUGUCGCUGAACCAACAGCUACAGUUUCUGUGGCUCCUGAUGAAAAUCUUGUCGCUGAACCAACAGCUACAGUUUCUGUGUCUCCUGAUGAACUAGUUGCUGUGUCUCCUGAUGAACUAGUUGCUGUGUCUCCUGAUGAACUAAUUUCAACUUCCGAAGCAACAAAUCACAGCGCUGACGAGAUUGCUGAAACGCCUGUAAUUAAUACGUCUGAAGUGGCAAAUGACGGAGAAAAUGUGGCUUCAACCAUAGAAGAUGAAGUAGCUGUGAUUGACAGUAAAAAUGAUAAUGGUAGCAUAUCUAAAACUGUCAAUGACACAAAUGAUGAAGAUCUCCAACUUCCUGAACCUGAAACUGCCGAUGUUCAACCCAUUGAAGUGGCUUCAGACAGGGAAGAGCUCGUCGUGUCCAAAGCAUUUUACUUGGAAUCUGGUUCUGCUUCACUCCAAAACCCCUCUAAGGCAUUGGCAGGUCGGGAAGAUGCUUAUUUCAUCUCUCACAACAACUGGCUAGGUGUUGCAGACGGAGUCUCUCAGUGGUCUUUCGAAGAAAUCAACGAGGGGAUGUAUGCCCAAGAACUCAUGAGCAACUGUGAAAAGAUUAUCUCUGAUGAAACCGCAGAGAUAUGUGACCCAGUUCAAGUCCUUCAUAGAAGUGUCAAUGAGACUAAGUCAUCUGGAUCAUCCACAGCCUUGAUUGGUCAUCUAAGCAAUAAUGAACUCCACAUUGCCAAUGCUGGAGACUCAGGAUUCAUCGUUAUCAGGAACAGAAGAGUAUUGCAGAAGUCAUCUCCUAUGUUUCAUCAUUUUUGUUUUCCCUUGCACAUUACACGAGGCGAUGAUGUCCUAAAACUUGCAGAGGUUUACCAUGUGAAUGUGGAAGAGGGUGAUGUUGUCAUUACAGCAACUGAUGGGCUCUUUGAUAACUUGUAUGAGAAAGAGAUUGUUUCAAUAGUUUGCAGGUUACUGGAACAGGGUUUGGAACCUCAGCAGAGAAUAGCAGAGUUGUUAGCUACAAAGGCACAAGAGGUGGGACGAUCUGAGACAGAGAGAACUCCAUUUGCAGACGCAGCUAAAGAAGAAGGACAUGAUGGAUACAAAGGUGGUAAACUUGAUGCAGUUACUGUCAUUGUUUCACUCGUAAAAACUGUCUCUAUCUAA